GGGGGAGGCAGAAGCCGGCGCAGCCCCACUCGGGGCUGCCCCCUUAUCUUUUUUUUUUGUGGGGGGUGCCAUUCCUCCUCCUCCCUAGCCUGGUUCUCCUACACCCCCCUUUCCUCUCUUUAUUGCAAACUCUGGGGUGGCUUCACACCCGACUAGGCCCAUUUGGGGGUGGGGGUGUCUGUGUGUGUCCUUCUCCCUCCCUAAAGGCUCUUGACCUCCCUCUUGGGGGCCUCUUGGAGGGGGGACUCCUGCCCCCCCUUUUCAAACGGGAAGGGGUCUAGGUGUGUGUUUUGGGGGGCUCUCUCUCUUACACCUCUGGCUUCCCACUGGAAAGCCCCCCCCAUUUCUUACCCCCAUCCCAGACUGCGGCCUUUGAGGUGGGCAUUUCCUCCUCCCUCCCUUCUUCCCCCCCCCAAAUUUUAUUCUUCUGCCCAAUCUUCUCCUCCUGCCUGGAUUGUGCCCAUCCAGUUUUGCAGCUGGGCGUCCUCCCCCCCCCCAUUUUAAGUGAGGGGCUGCAAGGCCCUUCCCCAGUUCUAGGCUUUUUGAGGUAGGGAUUUAAAAAAAACCCGUUUCCUCCCCUCUUUUUGAUCCCUUUCUGCCCCCCCCUGCAACAUUGCGGGACUUGACAACCCCCUCAAUUAAAGGAAGGGGUUGUAACACUUCCAGCCUCCUCCAUCUGCUUCCCCCCAGGUUGGGGGUGCUUUGAGGUUAGCCGUCUCCCCCUUUCCCUCCCCUUCUGCUUCUUUUUGUUAAAACAAAAACAAAAAAAGUCUCCUUUUUCUGCUCUAGAUCGUGGCCUGUACAACUUUGUGGUUUGGCAACCCGAAUAUUUCCGUAAAGGUUUUAUCACCAUCCAGACCACCUCGCAUGUUGGGGGCUUGGCUGCGUAAUCCCCACCUGACCUUUUGGUUAUUUUUAAAAAACUAAAACAACUACAUACCUUGACUUUUAGGCUUAUCCUCCCCCCCAACCCCCCCCCCCCCAAUCGUAGUUUGGAUUCCAUCCAUGAGACUGACACCCUUUUAAAACGUCUAAAUCCCUUCCAAGGCACUGAUUCUAACACACACACACACACACCCGUCCAUUUUGGGGGUAGCUCUUUCACAGCUCAAGACCAGUCCUAUAUAUGGUUGCCUUUUUUCCUCUUUGGGGGAAUCUGCUUCUUACCUCCUGUGCCCCCCUUUCUCUGCCCAUAUCCCACCUGCGGACAAUUAAUUUCCACCCCCUUCCUGUCUUAAUGCUUGGAAAAAAAAACCCCAGCUUUGCUUAUUUCCGUUUAUGAAGCUUAAGAGCACCCCACUGACUUAGGGGGCUGCGUCCAUCUGGGGUGGCCCUCCCACCUACACGACUUUCAGCUGCUUUGAAAGCUAUUGAAACUUUCCCGUGAAGGACCAUUUUCCUGACUGUGGGUUAUUCUGUUCCGGACUAGCAUAUCUUCUUGUUUUCCUUGUGGUGGGUUAGAGUGACUCUCUUAUUUUUCCUCCUUAUUGGGUGUGCCUUCUCUGAUCAGAGUGAAAAUUGGUCUGCACCCCAAAACUGAAUUUUCACGGGCCCGGCUGUCAUCGAAACCCCCUUUCGCAGAAGGACGCUAGGAACUGCCAUCUCACCCACACCCCAAGACGCUCAGGAUGUCAGACAAUCAACCCAACCAUCACCAUCACCCCAUGAACAAUGUCGGGGGAGGCCCCCCUGCAGGGAAUAACCGAGGAGUCCGCACCCUCAACCAGAACCCUCUUAUCAACGUACGCGACCGACUCUUCCAUGCGCUUUUCUUCAAGAUGGCCGUCACUUACGCCCGCCUUUUCCCGCCGUCCUUCCGUCGGAUUUUUGAGUUCUUCGUACUCCUCAAGGCUCUCUUCGUGCUCUUCAUCCUGGCCUACAUCCACAUUGCCUUCUCCCGCUCGCCCAUCAACUGCCUGGAGCAUGUGCGGGACAAGUGGCCGCGGGACGGCAUUCUACGGGUCGAGAUCCAGCGCAACUCCAGCCGCGCCCCCAUCUUCCUCCAGUUCUGCGAGGGCGACCGGUUCCCGGGCAUGGUCGUCGAGACGCCGGCCGGGGAGGAGGAGGAGGAGGAGGAGGAGGAGGAGGAAGAGAUGACCGUGGAGAUGUUCGAAAACAGCUCCGUCAAGUUUGACUUGGCUAUUGAGCCCAACAUCUUCGCCAAGCCGGCCCGGCUCAGCAGUGCCAAGGUACUGGCUCCCAACGAAAGCCAGGAGUUCUCCUUCAGCGGCGAGCCGGCGGCUCCUAAAGUCUGGCCGCAGGAGGAAUACAUCGUGGAGUAUUCCUUUGAAUACGGAUUCCUACGCUUAUCCCAAAGCACUCGUCAGCGCCUCAGCAUCCCCGUCAUGGUGGUGACCCUGGAUCCCACCCGGGACCAGUGCUUUGGGGACAGGUUCAGCCGUCUUUUGCUGGAUGAAUUCCUCGGUUACGACGAUAUUCUUAUGUCUAGCGUGAAGGCCUUGGCUGAAAACGAAGAGAAUAAAGGGUUCCUCCGCAACGUGGUUUCUGGGGAACACUACCGGUUCAUCAGCAUGUGGAUGGCCAGGACUUCAUACCUGGCAGCCUUUGUCAUCAUGGUGAUCUUUACCCUGUCUGUCUCCAUGUUGUUGAGAUACUCCCAUCACCAGAUCUUCGUUUUUAUUGUGGACCUGCUGCAGAUGCUGGAGAUGAACAUGACCAUCGCCUUCCCCGCGGCUCCCUUGCUGACGGUCAUCUUGGCUCUAGUAGGCAUGGAGGCGAUCAUGUCUGAGUUCUUCAACGACACCACCACCGCCUUCUACAUCAUCCUCAUUGUCUGGCUGGCCGACCAGUACGACGCCAUCUGCUGCCACACCAACACCAGCAAGCGGCACUGGUUGAGGUUCUUCUACUUGUACCAUUUUGCCUUCUACGCCUACCAUUACCGCUUCAACGGGCAGUACAGCAGCCUGGCGCUGGUCACCUCGUGGCUUUUCAUCCAGCAUUCCAUGAUCUACUUCUUCCACCACUACGAGCUGCCGGCCAUCUUGCAGCAGAUCCGGAUCCAAGAGAUGCUCCUCCAGAACCAGCAGGCGGGGGCCCAGACCACCCUCCAGGACAACCUCAACAACAACACGACCGUCGCCCCCGCCGACCCGGCCGGCCGGCGGCCCCACCUGGACACGGGCCCUGCCGGGGCAGGGCUCGGCCCCCUAGCUUCCGGGGAGGGCCACACGGCUACCGCGGCUGCCACCGCGGCCUCCCUGAGCAGCGACUUGAACUGGGUGGCAGAGACGGCGGCCGUGAUCACGGAGGCCUCUUUCCUGUCCAACCUGAGCAGCUCGCUUUUGGACCCGGGUGUGGCUCCGGACGGCCUGGGCGGCGAGAACUUGCGAGACCUGGCCGCCCCUUCGAGCGUGGUGACCCGGAUCCUGGUUAGCAGCAACCGCGCCGAGGCGCCUGUGGGCUCCAUUACCAUUGCGGUCACUUCGACGACGGGGGUCCCCGCAACAGAUCCACCGACGUCCGUGGCCCCCCAGCCGUCCGAGGGCUCGGCUGUCCUGGCUGAACCCAACGUAGACUCCGUCGCGGGGCCCGGUUCGUCGGGCUCCGCUGGGAGAAGACCCCCUAGUCACCCCCCUGCGGAAGGACUCGUAGCGGCGGACCCUUGCCUAGCGUCCACGGACAGUGCCAUCCCCCCAGACGCCGACUCCCGCUGCCUCUCCUGAGCUCCCUCUUCUGUAGCGGGCUAGACGCAUUUCUGUUCUCAUCGUUUGGUCUUCACACACGCACCCAUAAUUCCUCUUCAGUCAGAGGCGCAGAGGGGGUAACCCCUCCCCGCGAGCCCAGAAAACGUGAAUGCAAGGAGGGAUCUAGUAGGAAUAGAUGUUGAAUCUCCAAAUCUGGUUCCUCCCCUCGUAGCUGAGCAGCGUGGCUUCUGCACCUUUCCCCACGUGGCCUACUAAGCCCCACGUCCUUCCCCCCCCCCCGCCCCCAUAAAAUCAUGGGACUCCCCUUCAUAUCUGCUGGAGAUCUUGAUGUCAUUUUGACCGGAAUGUUUUGGUUUUGCUCUGUUGGCAAGAGAAGGUUGCAGGGAGGCUGGAAAGAAACCAGGGUCAUGACGAGCCGCUUUGAACGUGCUUCUUUAUCAGGGCAGGCUGGGCGUCCGAGAGAAGACCUUUGAACGGCUCUGAGACUUAUCGGAUGUGUGCAGGCCCCCGGGAUGUUUCGUAACCGCUACUCCUUGGGACGUCUCGUUCUGGUGGCUGGCUUUUCCCCAUGAGGGCUACAUCCGCUUACAUAUAAACAGUCUCUUUCAGAGCAAAAUAUUAAUAGAUUAUUAUUAUUAUUUUAAAAAAAGGAGAUGUGGAGGGUUAUUAAAUAAUGUGACAUGCUUGGAAAGAAGUCGGGUGCCGGUCUCUGGCCUGCCGUCCCCCCGGCACCUCACACCCUCACAAUUCCUGCUAUGGGGCAAAAGUUCCACGAGGAAACGUUCGCAAGGCAUCGCAACGAGUUAUUUCUGCAGUUGUUGGCUGACCUUGGAGGUGUGUUUCAUGACGGUGGAGGCGGGUGGUGGUUGUGGGCAAAACCGUUUAGUUCCAGGUUCGAGCAAGCUAAUCGGCGCCCUCGAUUUCACUCUGAUGUUGGCUAACGCUUUGAGACGGGAGAGUCCUUCGUAUCUUGGAAGCGGGGAGCGAAAAGACAGGGUAGGCGAAAUCCAGCAGAGCAGCCCGGCUCGAACGUUCACUUUCGUUGGGCUCAGCGGCGCCUGUUGGGGUUGGCGGGGCCAGUGGCUGACGUUUCGGAAAUCGUGCGCACCAUGCGUCAGCUGCACGUUGGAGAAAAUGUACCGGGUGAUUGGGGGAAAACCUCUCUGCCCCAAGUAGACAGGGGACAGGUGUGUGUGUGUGGGGGGGGGGAUUGCAGCCAUAUUUGGCCCAAAUAUGAGCAUCUACCCUGCCCUCUUCUGCUUCUGCAUCGAUGCUCUCCCCCUGCCCAAUUCUUGUUUACUCUGCAUGGUGGCUGACGAUAUCUUUUCUUCCAGCUCCACUACCUUUUUCUUAGUGGGCUGUGCCGAAUUUUAAAGAUUGCUCUAUUCUGUGUCCCGGCCCCGAGGAACCGCUCCUCGGUAGUCACUACUCGGAAUGGAACUUCUCUCCCCCCACCCCCCCCCCAUGGACUGGGGGCAGCAGUAGGGAGCCUUGCAGCUGAUUUCAGAGGGGCGUCGUCGUUUGCCCCAAAACGUCGCCCGAGUGGUGCCUUCGCAGACCCGCCAAAUCUAGCAAUACGGAGGAAUGAAACGGCAUUGGGUUUGAGCGCGAGAGCCAGAACUGUGAAUCCCCCCCACCCCACCCCGAAAGGAAAUCUUUCCGUGCGGGCUGCGAGGGAGGAGGAACGGAGUGGGGCGUCUGGGGGUUAACAUUUGUGGUGCAAAAUUAACUCCCAGCCCGUGGGAAAGCCAUUAUGGGUGUGGAAUCGCUCUGGGUUGCAAAGAUGCCUUGAGCUUUCGUACUUGGUUAAGCGCCGGCCAGCACGAGCGUCGAGCGCUGCUGCGGCGUUGACAAAAGACUUCACUUUGUUGGCAGACAAAUUGCUCUGGGUUUGAAAUUAAAGCUUAAAAUAGAAUGUAGCCGGGUGGGUUAUACUUGGUUUCGAAGCAGAAGGGGUUGGGGUGGAGAUGAAUACCUGCCCCCCUCUGCCCCGCUCAUGGUGGUGGUGGUAGCCCAUUCACGUGCAAUAGAUUGGGGGCAUCCCUUCCCACAGCCCCCCCCCCCAGCUUAGCAACUGUGAAGUUGCAUGUUAAUAAUUAGACUUUGGGCUUUCAGGGUUAGCAUUCGACGGGGGGGGGGGGGGCGAAAAGCGUAGGUCUGGGGCAAGGGGGCGAGAAAACGAAUCAAACCAAAUCACACGAAGAAUGAAGAGUAGAGUUCAUUCUAUUUAAUGUACAAAAUGUUUGUAUGUAUAUAUAUAU